CAGGUGCGACGGAUUCUGCUCGCUCGGCUUGCGCGAAAAAGGGAAGCGCCUGGUCGCACCGCCCCCUCCUCCCGGGCGAAGUCUCGGUUUGGGGGCCCCCGUGUUCGUCUCGCUUCUUACUGCCGCCGCCGCCGCCGUUCGUAGCCCCGCGAGGAGCGCUCUUACCCUCCUCUCCCUUUCAGGAUGGUCGACCUGGAGAACGAGGUCCCUCCGCUUCCUCCCAGGUACCGGUUCCGGGAUUUGCUCCUGGGAGACCAGGGAUGGCAGAACGACGAGAGAGUACAGAUUGAAUUCUACAUGAACGACAACACCUUUAAAGAGAGGCUAAAACUAUUUUUCAUCAAAAACCAAAGAUCAAGUAAGUAUUUUAUUCUUAUUUCAUCAUGUGGGUACAAGGAAUUAAACCAAGGAUGUUCCAGUCAAAACAACAUUUCUGCAGAGAUAGAUUGGUCACUUAUUAUUUGGGUGAAUCGAAGCUUACCUUUGUGGGGAUUACAGGUAUCAGUGGCUUUAAUAAGUCUGUUGGAAACUACACUACUGAGCUAUCUCAGUUACAAAGGAAACAUAUGGGAACAAGUGGUACGCAUUCCUUUUCUGCUGGAAAUCAUCAAUGCUAUUCCUUUCAUCAUUACGAAUGAUCUUCAUAGAGCCAUCCAGCGCACACAGUCUGCAAUGUUUAAUCAAGUUCUGAUUUUAAUAUCUACAUUGCUGUGUCUUAUCUUUACAUGGUAAGUUCCAUGUAGUUUAUUAUUACCGU